AUGGGACCUAACCAUAUGCAGGGAAAGAAGAAGUUCUCGGUGCCAUCAAGCAGUAAAGACACAAGCAAGUGCAUUAAUGGACAAAUCAACCGUUCAAAAUAUGGAGAAAUAGGAGUUCCAUGUGCUCUUGAUGCUAUUUUUGAACAAUACAAGAACACCAUGAAAGGGAACCAAGAUGUUUCUGCUCCUAACGAUUCUGUUGAGGUUUCCGUUUCCAUCACAGAUGAUAUUAGAACAUCAAGAAAAAGAGGCCUUACUGAAGGUAGCAGCGGAACCCAAUCAGCUCGAAAGGUUUUGGCAAUUCUUGGAGAAGGUUCAGCAGCAAAGCCGAGAAGAAAAGUGAGAAUGCUCGAUAACAUUGAGAAACCUAAUACUCUCUUCAAUCAUUAUGCAAAUGGAGGUUGCUGGUGGGAUUGCAACAUGGAAGGCGUUGAUAACGAAGAAGUGGGAUGUAAUGAAGUAUGGGAAGGAAUGGGUUCUACUACUCUAGGGGGAUUGGAAUGGCACUGAACUAAGCGACGCGAGGAGAGAAAUGAAUUACAUACCCGAUGAAAGUCAUUGGUUGGGGUCUCGAGAGGGUAAAGUGUAUGCAGAC